CUGAUGCAACACCCAUUUGUAUGCCAGACAACGUAGAUUAACGUGUACGGAUGUCCUUACAGUUCAACUCGUUUCUAUGCAACACCCUACGCUCAUCUGUUCACAUAGCCAUUGACCCGCCGUAUUCCUGGAAAUCUUCACGGGGGCGCUGCGAAACGUGCCUCGACGCUUUACCAUUGGCCAGCUUGUCCUGUAAUUGCAUCCCUCAGCCAACGUCAUCGAGAACGCAUCUGGUUCUCAGCACCUUGUCCGUAUACUCUGGUUGGAUAUGUCUUCCGCUGUCAACGGCGAAUCCUCCGGACACACGUCUAAUAUUUCGCGAGACUUUUCCUUAGAAUCAUCGUCACGAUCAGGCACGGAUCUCCUGCAGAAACCCAGGAGACCGACACUACAGGUCGACUUGGGAAGUGCGCCAGGGAAGAUCAUGAACGGCCAUUUCGCAAAUGUCAAGGACGGGGAUGCGGUGAGCAAGUAUACGAGAGGUAUCCAGAUUAUAGACGAGGAUAAGAACUUUAAUCCCAACGUAGCGCAGUAUCUUAAGAUGGAGCAGAUAGUACCUGCGGGCUUCAACUAUCAUCUGAUCUCCGUCUUCGGCUCGCAGUCGACGGGCAAGUCGACUUUGCUUAACGCGCUCUUCAAGACAGACUUUGGCGUCAUGAGUGAGGAGGAGCGCCGCCAGACCACCAAGGGCAUAUGGAUGUCCAAAAACAAGAGGUCAUCUUCUGAGUCCGGCAUGGCAGAAAACGUCCUCGUAAUGGACGUCGAAGGAACGGACGGCAGAGAACGAGGCGAAGACCAGGAUUUCGAGCGCAAGGCAGCUCUGUUCGCGCUUGCUACAAGCGAGGUUCUCAUCGUGAACAUCUGGGAGCACCAAGUCGGUCUCUACCAUGGCGCGAACAUGGGGCUGUUGAAAACGGUGUUUGAAGUCAAUCUGCAACUUUUUAUAAAGGACAGCAAGUCAAUCCCCAGAUCGCUACUGUUUUUUGUCAUUCGAGACUACAUUGGAAACACCCCUCUGUCCAAUCUUCGCAAUACCCUCCUUUCCGAUCUUUCACGUCUGUGGGACAGCAUUUCAAAACCUGAAGGGCUCGAAACCUCCAAAAUUCAUGACUACUUUGACUUCGCGUUCGAAGCACUACCACAUAAGAUUUUAAUGCCAGAGAAGUUUGACGCUGCGGUCGAACAGCUGAGCACACGGUUCAAAGAAGGUUACAAAGAUCCAAAGAAGCAAGGUCUUCUCAACGACGAUGAAUCUCCACUCCUUCUUCCCGAAUACCAUAGACGCAUACCGGCAGACGGUUUCAGUGUGUAUGCGGAAGGGGUAUGGAACCAGAUUGUGAACAACAAAGAUCUGGACUUGCCAACGCAACAAGAGCUUCUGGCCCAGUUCAGGUGCGAUGAGAUUGCAAGGGAGGUGGUGUUGGCAUUUGACGAGACCAUAUCUCCGUUGGAGACUGCGCAGGCAAGCGAUGUUAAAGCGGGCAUAUCAUCUCUCUUACCGAAUCUCGGUUCCGUUAUGACGACCGCAAGGAUGACUGUGUUCAGAAAUUUCGAGACCGAGGCAGGCAGGUACCACAAAGGCGUCUACGCACGCAAACGCGAGGAGCUACAAGCCAACGUGGACAAGAGAUUGAAGGACCUUUUUGUGGGACAGCUCCAAGCUGCACACAAGAUAGGAAUCAAGGCCUUUUCCGAUGCCGUUGCGGCAGCUGUCAAACUUGGACAAAAGCAAGGCAUUCAGUAUGACUUUGCAGAAAUUGUUUCAAAUGAAAAGAGGAAGGCGUACGAUACGUUUCGCGAAACGGCACUGGCAGCAUCUGUGGAAGGCACAAACUUCAGUGAUGCCACUCAAGGGCUCGAUCUUUUCCGCAAGGAGCUGGACCAAGUGUCAGCACAAUUGCGUAAGGAAGAAAUGCGCCGCCUUGCCACUCGUGUUGAGCGCUGGGUGCGUUCCCGCCUCGGAGACAGCAUCGGCCUUGAGUUCAAUGCCCUUGGGUCGGGACGAGGUGGGUCUGGUGCUCCUGAGCAAGGUGCGAAGCAUGCUGGAGGAAACGAACUCUUCAUCUGGGAUCGGAUAUGGAACAUCUUUACUGAGACCGUCGAAGAGGCUGAGAAGCGCUUUACGGAGCGGGCGAAGAGCUACGACGCUUCUCUAGAAGAGGUUGAGAUCGGUCUAUGGCGGCUUCGGAGAAAAAGUUGGGGCGUACUCCGCGCGAAGAUCGACGAAGAGACCAUGGAGGGCAACCUUCUCAUGAAAUUGAGGGAAAACUUCGAGGAUCGGUUCCGAUACGACGAGCAUGGUGUGCCAAGGAUAUGGCGUCCUACCGACGACAUCGAUGGAAUCUUUGCGAAGGCAAGAGAUCAUACACUUUCAAUCAUUCCUUUGUUGUCCAAAUUCAGGCUCGCGAAGAUAAACUCGCCUCCGCCACUGGAUGCUUGGAUCGGACACGCCCCAGCGAGUGUUAGCGCGGCAGAAGAGGAAGAUAUGCCCCCGAUUGGCGGGGUUGACGAGGACGAUGGCAAGAGUCUUGAAGAGGAGACCAUUAUACUCUCCGAUGCAAAGAAAGCUGACAUGGAACGGCGAUUCCGGAAGACCGCAGACGGCGUUUAUGUCGAAGCCAAGCGCGGUGCUCUCGGAGGAGUAACACAGACGCCAUGGUGGAUGUGGGGUCUGCUCCUUGUCCUUGGCCAAAAUGAGAUUUUUGCUGUUGCUCGAAACCCAUUCCUCAUUCUCCUCCUGAUCCUACUUGCCACUGGUGCUUAUGUAACUUACACCCUCAACUUAUGGGGCCCGAUUAUCCAAAUGACCACUGCAGCAUCGAAUCAAGGAUUGGCAAUAGCCAAGGCGAAACUCAGAGAGUGGCUGCAGGAGACGGAGACCGGAAGACAAGCCAUUGCAAUGUCCACUGGAAAUGCUACGGCAAGAAAAAUGGGUGAGGAUAUUGGAUUGGAUACCUUGGGAAAGGAUGGAAGAAGGAUAGCUGCCUCGGCUGAAGAGGGAAAGUAUGAUGAGCUCUGACAUUCUGGAGAGAUUUGAUGUUGCGAUAUUGAAGCCCAGACCUGCUGCUAUUCAUAACACAUCCUAUAGCAUUGAAAGUAGAAGGGAUUUUGCGGAAAGCUGAAAGACUGUGGAUGUUCGCUUUAUUUUUGUUUCAGCGUAACUUUGAGAUGUUCAGUGAAAAAGGAUUUCCCGCAGUCAAAAAUUUAGGCGCAAUAUUCUGCGUCGUCGGAAGUGGCAAUCCUAUUCAACCAACAAGGGAGACAUACUACUUCUACGACAAUGAGCGUCUGUGUCAGAUGCCAUGCGCCAACAUCAUUUAUCGCUGAAUUGCUGGUGUGGUCUGCAAAAUAACACUUCUCAAGUUCAAGAGCUUUCGUCCAUGAAAGCUUAGGGGUUCAAGAAUUCGAGAGU